AUGGACACAUCCGGGUAAUGGAUUACUAUAUAAACAAGAACGAACUUAGAUAUUAGGUUAUAUCAAAAUACGUACACACUUGUAUCGAUCGAAAGUUAGUGAUUAACAAUUUACCGUCACCAGCCAAGCUACUAAAUCAACGAGAAUAUCGGACAUUAUUACCUUGUAGCGGAAGGCUACAACGAUGCCAAACAACGCCAGCAAAUCAAGAACAGCUUCAGCUGCGUCAAGAUGUUCAGAAACGUCAGCAUGAUGUGAACUCUCCACGUGUGUUGUCUAAGCUGCUACCAGAGCAGAAAGUGGUGGUAUUCCAGCCUCGAAAGAAAACGUGGACUCCAGGAAAGGUCAUUCAAGAAUCAAACAAGCCAAGAUCGUAUGUGGUUGAAACACCCAACGGCGGCGAAGUUCGACGUAACAGGAUACACCUAAAACCUGUAAUCGAGGACGGCAGACAACCAGAAAUAGACCAUAUGACGAGCGGGCAAGACUGUUCAAGUUCUAGUUUACAAGAAAAGAUUCGUACCAGUGAACCUAACCUGGAAACAGCAAACAAAAGCAGAAAACCAGAAACAGACAUAUCAGGUGAUGAUCACCCUGUGACAACCAGAAGUGGCCGUAUUAUAAAGAAGCCAACUAGAUUGAAUUUAUAA